AUGCUCUUCGGACUAAUUAGGCACUCACGUAGACAGUUGUUGUUUUUGGGUGCGCUGGUAACCGUGAUAGUCUUAAUUUUUACCUUGCCCAACACAUCACCAAUAGAAGCAAAUGGAGUAAAAUCAGAAGAAGGGUCCAUUACACCUAUUAUUCCAGUUUUGGAAAGUCCAGCAAACUCAUUGGAAAAAAUUGUUGAUACUGCCUCAGAGGAACGAAUUGGAGGUGCAACUUUGGAAGAAGGACAUGAAAACAAUAAGGAAGAACAAGCUUUGGAAAAUGCUGAACGAGCUAAAGAGAAAGAAAAAACUGAGGCGAUUGCGGCAGAAGAGGAAAAACUGAAAGCAGCUGAGUUAUUGAGACAGCAAGAAACUACGAGGGAGAAGGAAGCGGCGAAAGAGGACGAUAGCAAGAAACCAAACCAGGAACUUGUGGAACAAGACACUUACCUUGACGAUAUUCCAGAUGACGUAGAAGAUAAUAUUAUAAUCUCAGAACAAGAUCGCAAGAAAAUUAUAUUACCGUCCUACACUCCUAAAACAGACCCUGCCUAUUCCAAGCGGGCCACUGCUUUAAAAAUUUUUUAUAAUGAUUUUUUCAUAAAGGUGGCUGAUUCAGGACCUAAUACAGCGCCCAUAACCAAGAAGACAAGAAAGAAAGGAAAAAGUAAGUUAAAGGGUGACGUUUCCUCAGGUGAUAAAUAUGAAGGUCCUGUAUUGACGGAAGAUUUUCUACGUUUCAUGGAGAUCUAUUCUGACGAGUUCAUCGAUGCUGUAUCAGAAUCCCACUCAAAAAUUGUCAAUUUGAUGCCCGAAUCUUUCCCCAAAGGAAUGUAUCAAGGCGACGGUAUUGUCAUUAUUGGAGGAGGGGUGUACAGUUGGUAUGGACUGUUAGCAAUACGCAACUUAAGAGAUGGUGGGAAUACUCUGCCAGUGGAGUUAAUGUUGCCAAGCGACAAUGAAUAUGAGCCUCAAUUAUGUGAGCAGAUUUUACCGUCUUUGAAUGCCAAAUGUAUUAUGCUCUCUGAUAUUGUUGAUCAAGAUGUGUUAAAGAAGCUUGAUUUCAAGGGAUAUCAGUUUAAGGCAUUAUCUUUGUUGGCCUCAAGCUUUGAGAAUGUUCUUUCAUUAGACUCUGAUAAUAUCCCAGUUGCAAAUGUUAGCCAUUUAUUUGAUCAUGAACCAUUCAGCGAAACUGGGCUUGUAUCAUGGCCUGAUUUUUGGAGAAGAACUACAAACCCUCGGUAUUAUGAAGCGGCAGGAAUCAAGAUAGGAGAAUACCAAGUCAGAAAUUGCCUUGAUGGCUUUGUUCCUGAGUCUGAUUUUGUUCAUAUUGGACUGAAAGAUAUUCCUCUUCAUGAUCGGAAUGGGACAAUACCUGAUGCGUCAACUGAGUCUGGACAAUUAUUGGUAAACAAGAAUAAGCAUGCAAAAACACUUAUGCUAAUGUUCUACUAUAAUUUUUACGGCCCAGGUUACUAUUAUCCAUUAUUAAGUCAGGGAAUGGCUGGUGAAGGAGACAAAGAAACUUUUUUGGCUGCGGCAAAUUUUUUUGGGCUUCCCUUCUACCAAGUCAAGGCAGGUCCAGGGAUUUUGGGCCAUCAUGACUCAACGGGUGCGUUUACAGGCGUCGCAAUUGUGCAAUACGAUCCAAUCGCUGAUUACGAGCUUACAAAAGAAAAUUUUGUGGGUGAAAAGAGAAAGGGAAUUGAGGCACCAAAGGCAUUUUAUGGUAACAAUAACAAAUCUCCAUUGUUCCAUCAUUGUAAUUUCCCAAAAUUGGACCCUGUAAAACUAAUCAAAGAGAAGAAGUUGAUCGACAACAAAACUCACAAAUUCAACAGAAUGUAUGGCCCAAACACCAAAUUGAAGUACGAUUUUGAAGAAAGACAAUGGAAGUAUACCAAAGAGUACUUGUGUGAAAAAAAGUACAACCUACUAUAUUUUACUGAACAAUACAAAAAUUACGGACAGGGAUACUCCCAGGAGCGUAUUUGUAAGUUUUCUGACCGAUUUUUGAAAUUUUUGAGUGACAAUCCAAUUAGGAUCGAGGGCUAA